UGACAGAACAAACCGAGGGAAGCAGCGCUCCUGCCUCCCAGGGAGGGCGUUCCCGUCACGCCGACGCAGUGACGUAGGGCUCGUGACGAACCAGGAAACAAAAGUAAACAACGCACAGGACGGAAGUAAAAAUGUUAUGCGGCGUUAGUCAUCCGCCGCUCUCGUCCCGAGUUUGUCCUUCCCCCGGCGCCUUGUGAAGAAGAUGCUCGGGGGGCUUUGAAUCCCGAUAAGGACAAGGCACCCGGCGGGAGGCAGGCUGGACCCCGGUAAGACACCCGUAGAGCCGCGGGGGGAGUGGGCUGCGGCAGCCGGCUAACGAUGAGCUAGCGCGACAUGGCAGUUUCCCGCAUUGUUUCAAUGUAGUUGACAGGAUGAACCACGGCUUCAAAAACAAAACACACCACCUCGACGUUAGAUUUAGCGAUGUUAGCCAUCAGGUCGUCGGAGGAGGAGUCCGCCGAGAUGGAGGAGAUGGACACGUCGGAGCCCAACUGGUGCUGGUUCUACCUGGCCGAGUGCGGAGUGUGGCACAUGUUCGAGAUCGACCCCAGCGCCGCCUGCUCCGUGACCAGCGCUCAGAUCGAGCAGUGCUACAACAGGAACCAACGCGGCGUGAUGGAGUUCUACACGGCCAAGUACACAUACCGACUGGACUUUUCAGGUGUGAUGGCCAAAGGCAAACUCUGUCAGUCGGUACGUGAAUACGAGUUUUCCGUGGCCCUAAUCUUAAUUAAAUCCUUCUUUUUGCCAGUUAUGCGGCAGAUCAACGUCACGACGGGGAAGCAGCGGCCGAUCAAGCGCUCCCUCCACUCCGCAACGGGCUUCAGGUUUAUUUGUGAUAAUCUUGCCUUGCCUGUUCCCUGUCACUGGGAGAGAAUCAAUACAGAUGAACCCUUUCAGCUCAUCCAGCUCGGCAGAGACACGUACGAGUUCAAAGAAGUCGCCAGAUUGUACGAGAGGACAAUGGACCAUCCAAUCAAAUCCAUCCAGAGGAUUCAGAACCUGGACCUGUGGGAGUUCUUCUGCAGGAAGAAAACGCAGCUGCGGAAAGUCAAGCGCACGCUGGACAUUGAGGAGCGAAUGCUGUUCCACGGCACGGGACACAGCAACAUCCAAGCUAUAUGUACGUUUAACUUUGACUGGCGGCUGACGGGAAGCCACGGCGACGUCUACGGCAAAGGGAGCUACUUUGCCCGCGAUGCCAAAUACUCCAGUAAAUUCUGCCACACCACGGGGAAGCACAACACCACGCUGCAGAGGCACGGUCUCGCCCCGCCGAUAUUCGCAAGCGAGCCGCCGUACAAGACCAUGUUCCUGGCCCGCGUGCUGGUCGGAGAGUACACGGUCGGCCACCCCAUGUACUGCAGGCCGCCCUCCAAGGACGCCAGCUUCACCAACUUCUUCGACAGCUGCGUCGACGACAUGGCCAAUCCAAAGAUUUAUGUGAUUUUUGACAGCAAUCAGAUUUACCCGGAGUAUCUGGUCGAGUUCUACUGACACCGGACGAGAACACGUGCACUUUUUUUCUUUCUUUUUUUUAAAUAGAGGCUGGAUCUCAAUCUCAAAAAAAAUUUAGGACACAGAAUCAGACGAUGGGAUGAAAAUGGGGGAAAAAAAGCUCAAGGGGACGUUUGCUUUUCCUUUUUUGUCAGAUCCAGUGUCGAACUGGAGCGCGAGUCAACUAAAAGUGCCUUUUGGGGGAAACUGGAAAUCCACGAAGACUCUGUGUGACCUUAUGUACAGUUUUUAAUACUGUACAGUCUAAUUCUAGGGCCGGCACCUUGUGGCUGGAACGUUUCUGUGACACGAGAAAAAAGAUGAAAUAACUAACUGAAGGUCAGCCUGUAUGGCGAUUUGUUUUUUGUUUUUUUGUUUUUUAAUGAAAUGCAGAAUCUGUACUUGCUCGUCCAAUAACUGUUGUUAAAACAAAGAGUGGCAACUCGCAGCCUGUAGGUUUAGAGGUGAUGUCGGCUACAGCCCCCUCCAUCACAUCCACAGUGCCGCGCAUGAGCUUCUUCACACGUCACGUACACAUGAUUCCAAAUGACAAAAAACCAAAACCCGCGACAUGUUCCUGCUCACUCGUGUAACGUCGACAUCUGUGUGUACCUAGUACAGUGUAUUACCUACGCAUGGAUUUAUUUCUAUUUGUUUUUGUAUCCAUGAAAACUCUUCUACCUCUGAUUUUUUUUUUUUGACCAUGCAUCAGUGCACUUUUCCCCCCUUUCCAUGAAAGGUUUUGUAAUUGUGUCACAGUGACAUAAAGUUGUGAUGUCAUGUACA